GAUGCUGCUCAAACAUAAUGGGAUACACAGGGAUUAACUAUAGCUCUCCAACACUUGCUUCUGCAAUCAGCAACCUCACUCCUGCGUUUACCUUCUUGCUCGCCAUCCUUUUCAGGAUGGAGAGUGUGUCAUUCAAGAGAACAAGUAGUGUGGCUAAAAUGUUAGGAACCGUAGUCUCCAUUGGAGGAGCAUUUAUUGUGACUCUUUACAAUGGUCCUGUGGUGAUCGCUAUGUCGCCAUCGCUGCGUUCACAAUCGCCUAACCAUGAUUGGAUCAUUGGUGCGGCUUUCCUUGCCGUCGAGUAUUUCAUGGUUCCCUUGUGGUACAUUGUUCAGACUCAAAUUAUGAGAGAGUAUCCAUCCGAGUUCACAGUUGUUUGCUAUUAUAGCUUUGGAGUGAGCUUUUGGACCGGUCUUGUCACGUUGUUCACUGAAGGGAGUGACUUGAGUGCAUGGAAGAUAAAACCAAAUAUAGCUCUAGUGUCAAUUGUUUGCUCGGGAUUGUUUGGAUCUUGCAUCAACAAUACAAUACACACGUGGGCUUUGCGGAUCAAGGGGCCUUUAUUCGUUGCAAUGUUCAAGCCUCUGUCGAUUGCGAUUGCUGUUGCAAUGGGCGUGAUUUUCCUCCGGGAUUCUCUUUACAUUGGCAGCUUGAUAGGGGCAACGGUAAUAACCAUUGGGUUCUACACGGUGAUGUGGGGAAAAGCCAAGGAAGUGGCCUUACUCGAAGAUGACAACAAGGCUAACAAUGAGGAUGCCAACGAAGCUGACCGUGAUUCUCCAUCAAGUUCACAAAAGGCUCCUCUCUUGGAAAAUGACAAUAACAAUGAGCAUGUCUAAGUAUUAUCAACAAGUAAAUAUAGCUUUCUCUCUAUAUAUAUGUAUGAAAUUUUCAUAUUUAACGAGACAAAUGUGAUGUAUAACUUUAGGAAUCAAGUUUCUUCUAAUAAUUAUCUCAUAAUCAAG